AUGGGACUCACCUCAUCCUCUCUCGCAGAGCUCUCUUUCGCACCAAUUGUCAUACCACCAACUAGAAACCAACUCCCAUUCUUAUUAUGCCACCCCGAGCAAAAAACAGAAAAAGUUCAAACUCUGGCAUGCCUGGUAGCAAGAAAGCUAGGUACCGAAGACCGCAACACCCAGAUUGCCGAUGGUGGAGAGCCUGCUCCCCCCACUGAUCAUGGGGGAGCUGGUGAGGAUGUCGCCCUGCAAGAGGCACCGACCACCCUUCCGCAUCCCCACAAGAAGCCACAUGAGCUUAUAGACUAUGUCCUCAUGCAGCCUAGCAAAACCCGUUCUCGAAUGGAGACAGCUGGGGUUACAGCAAGAGUUGAACAGUCGCUUUUGGAAUCUAGUGCUGCGUCGGCACCCACUGUCGCUGCGCCAAUUGCAAUGAGGAAAACCGCUCCCACUGCGCAAACCACGGUGACCACCACUCCCGGUGCACUGGACCCUGUGGUGACCACGAUUCCUGAACCAGCAUCGGCUACCAAAGACGACCCUCCCCCUCGGGUGACACUCUUAUCCUUGGCCGAUUUCGACAACGAUGAGAUCGAAGCGAUGAAUCAAGAACUGGAAUCACGCGAUACAGCCUACCGCUUCUCCUAUCUAGAGGGCGGGUACAGGCAAUACCAUGGUCGUCGCCCUGUGAAGGGGCCGCGCAGUCCAGCGGAUGACCGCACUAUGAUGCAGGACGACGAAACUCUCCGCUGGGUCCCCAUUCUGGCUGGAUAUACAGCUCCACACACCCCAGAAGAUUACAUCGAGGCGGUCAAUGACUUUCGCAAACAAGAUCGUCAAUGUGUGGCUUAUGCCCACCCUGACGCUCGCAAGGCUUUCGAUGAACUCAACCUCUCCCGCCAUCCUGGUGACCCCGAGAUUGAGCUUGAGUUCCUUUACAAUAUAUCAAAAGAGGAAGAAGCAGCGCUGGUUGCAGGGCUCAAGCAAGAUGAAGCCGCCUACAAGUUUAAACGACCAUGGGAGGAGGGCUUUAUUCGUUACCAAGGCCAAAGCCCUCGAGAGGGUAUCCAGAACACUGCCGACAGACUCACCGAAAUAUGGGAUGAGGAGAAAGAGAAAUAUGUAUCCAUUCCCGAAGGGUACACUGCCCCUCACGACCCUCAAGAUUAUAUUGAUGCCCUAAACUGGGAGAUUGCAGAGGCUGAAACAACUCGCCGUGCUGAGCUCGCCAGUGCUGCUCAAAGGGCUAAGCGCAGGGGAGGUGAGGACUGGGAAGCCCCCGAUCCUAUGAUAGAAAGUGACUUGAGUGGCUCAGACUAUGAAGAAACUCGGCGCGACAAGGAGACAGAGAGGGCUCGGCUCAGGUCGAGGGGAAAGCCUGCAACGGACACGGAGGAGGAGGAUGAAGAAGAAGAUCGCGAGAUGCAGCGCGAAUUGCAGGAAGAGAUGAAUUCGAAGGCAUCUGGACGUUCCAAAGGUCUUGCAGCAGCUCAAAGUAAGAGGACCAGCUCCGACAACAAAAAAACUUCACCGAAUCCAACCAUUUCACCACCAGCCGGUAUCUCUUGGGAUGCACUGAAGGCUUCCCUGUCACCCUCCGAACUCGAUGCCUCUGCAGUGUUGAGAAGUUUCAACCUCAACUUGAUGCCAGAGGAGCUAAUUCCCAAGGUCAACACUGUUUCAUCUCAGAAGCCUUCUCUCAUGGAGAGUGCGCUGUAUCGAUUGUUCGGCAGGAUUGUAUGGCAAUACGCAGCUCGUCUCGGCCACCUCAAUAGCCGUUCUCCUGAUUUUGUAAUGGAAAAGGCUAAUUUAUUACAGAAAGAGAAGAGGGCCCCCAAUCGUUACAAUGUAUUCAAGACUUUUGCUAGCAGGUCCAAGCCUGACGACGAUGAUCAUGAGGGCUUGCAGACGUGGAACAAAAACCUCAAUGAGGAGUAUAGGAAGCUCAUGGAAGGUGCAGACACAAGUGAGGAGAAGGACAAGCGAAUGGCGGAAGCAUUCAAAUUUAUUAAGGAGCAAAUUGCUGAUGAGGGUACCAGUAUUCGUGAUGCAUCUUUGCGCUUUGCGGAGCACCUCAAAACAAUUACAGACAUGAUCACGACCAUCAAACGGCGUGAUCAUUCCUUCGACGUCGCUGGCAUACUUGUCUACAGCGGCAAGAAUCGCACUGUGCGAAACAAGUCCGGGCUCUUUAUGAGCUCUCCUGAACUUCGAGAGCUCUGCAGCAACGAGCAGUGGCCGAUCAGCAUGAUCACGGACAUCUUCAUUACUAAAGUCAGGGCGAUGCAUGCCGACCGAAUGAUCAAACAACAUAUGGCAGGAUCCUAUACUGAUGGAGCGUCCACUGAGCCAUCGACGACACCCUCGCAGCUGUGUCGGCCAAGUGCCAGCUCAUCCGCAAGGCUCACUCCGAAGGGUGGGUUGCAGAGGAUUGUGUCUGCCCCUCCCAUCUCUCAAGAUAUUUUGCCCGACUCGAAUAAUCCUCAAAGGCAAUUCACACAGAUUUUUAUUUCUCUGCUAAGCGAACAUAAUGCGGAAUGCACCACUGUUUCUUGGACGACGUGGCCCAACAUGGCAUUCAAAUUGAAGAAGGUCAUCGUCGGGUGGGACUCCGAUGUGGUUGAUAUAGCUUUCUGUAGGGCUUUCGCAUAUGGGAAGAUCAGUAACAAGCAGUGGCGCCAUCUCUCGAGACUCAUUCUCGAAGGUGUUCUCACUAUCAAAGACUGGACAGCAGAGCAGAAACAGAUUCCUGAAACCGAUGCUCGCUUUGGCGAAAUUCCCGUCGUUCUCAACUUGCGUGGCUUGCCUAUGGUGUUUAUCAAAGACUCCUCCAACUGGGUGCGCCAGAACUGCAAAAUUGACUCAGCAACUCCAUAUACGCCAUGCGCUCCCUCUGCUGCUUCCUCUCCCGCUCUUCUUUCAUCCAAGAAGCGCACCUACGAGGAUCUGUCCCUGGUUACUGAAGAGAAUGCAAGGAGAGAGCAUCGUAGUGUUUCCACUCCUGCGCAAAAUGAGAUGGAACCGUCGGCAAAGCGCCAGCGUCACGUUACGUUCUCCUCUCUUCCGAUGACCAUGUUCUAUAUGAAACAUCGGCAAGAACAGUUAUUACAGAAGAGUACAGCUCGUCAUUCACCAUUCAACCAACCCUCUUCAUCGUCAUCGAGCCAAGCUACCCUCGCUUCAAAGCCACCUGCAAACCAAGUCACCAAGUCUAUCUUAGGAGGUCGUUACAAGGGCAGUGCUGGUCCUAGUAAAAACUCUACUGGUUUCCUGAAAGAUUGA